CCGCUCCGCCCCCGACCGAAGUAUAUAAAAGCACUGACACCCUUCUUCUCACUGAAAUAAAACCGUCCCGGCGGCUCCGGUACCAGGGUCCAGCCUGUGACAGCCCAUCCAGGCCCGGACGCUGGAAUAACACCUGUGACAUCACGUGUGCGCUCCCGCUACAUCUGUAGUCACAUUUACAGCCACCUUGGCCGAGGAAUCUACACCGAGGUUCCGAACCUAGGUGGCUACAAGUUCUCAAACCUCAUCUGUGACCCUCAACACCCGAAUACCUGGGUCACACUUGUGAAACUUAAAUUCCCACCUGUUAGCAACACUCGUAACGUUUAAAACACAUUUAUGAAACUUGGUCACACUAUCUGUGGCUACAACCUAAAACCAUAGAGGCAUCCAAGGGGUCUUGUUUGUAAUAGCUGACUGCUCCUGUGACUACAAGUCAUCACAGAGUAGUAGCACCUACUUUGAUUCUCCCAGACUGCCUGUGUAGAAGGAGCAAUGGCUGAAGUGAGGGGGGUCCAGAGAGUGCUGUUUGGAGACUGGCUAUUGGGUGAGGUCAGUAGCGGCCAGUACGAGGGGCUGCAGUGGCUGAACGAGGCUCACACAGUCUUCCGUGUACCCUGGAAGCAUUUCGGUCGUAGGGAUCUGGAUGAAGCAGAUGCACACAUCUUCAAGGCCUGGGCUGUGGCCCGAGGGAGGUGGCCACCUAGUGGAGUUAACCUGCCACCCCCAGAGGCUGAGGCUGCUGAGCGAAGAGAGCGAAGAGGCUGGAAGACCAACUUCCGCUGCGCACUCCGCAGCACAGGGCGUUUUAUCUUGCGCCAAGACAAUUCAGGGGAUCCGGCUGAUCCACACAAGGUGUAUGAACUUAGCCCGGAGCUUGGGUCUACCGUGGGCCCAGCCAUGGAAACUAGGGAAGUGACCCUCGGCAAUGCCCUGCCCACACAGGUUCUGCAGUACAGCCACAUCCUGGAAUCUGAGUCUGGGGCAGACUCCGUCCCACCACAGGCUCCUGGCCAGGAGCAAGAACAUGUUUCCGAGGAACCCUAUGCAGCAUGGCAGGUGGAAGCUGUCCCCAGCCCCAGGCUUCAACAGCCAGCUCUCAAGAUGGAGCACAACCUUGGGUUCCUGGAUGUGACCAUCAUGUACAAGGGCCGCACAGUGCUACAGGCAAUGGUGGGGCACCCCAGAUGCGUGUUCCUGUAUAACCCGAUGGCCCCAGCAGUAAGAACUUCAGAGCCCCAGCCGGUGAUUUUCCCCAGCCCCGCUGAGCUCCCAGAUCAGAAGCAGCUGCACUACACAGAGACUCUUCUACAGCAUGUGUCUCCCGGCCUUCAGCUGGAGCUCCGGGGACCAUCACUGUGGGCCCUGCGUAUGGGCAAGUGCAAGGUGUACUGGGAGGUGGGCAGCCCUAUGGGCACUACCGACCCCUCCACCCCACCCCAGCUGCUGGAGCGCAACUGCCACACCCCCAUCUUUGACUUCAGCACUUUCUUCCGAGAACUGGAGGAGUUCCAGGCUCGGAGGAGGCAAGGAUCACCACACUACACCAUCUACCUGGGUUUUGGGCAAGACUUGUCAGCAGGGAGGCCCAAGGAGAAGAGCCUGAUCCUGGUGAAGCUGGAACCAUGGGUAUGCAAGGCAUACCUAGAGGGCGUACAGCGUGAGGGUGCGUCCUCCCUGGACAGCAGCAGUCUCGGCCUGUGCUUGUCUAGCACCAAUAGUCUCUACGAAGACAUCGAACACUUCCUCAUGGACCUGGGUCAGUGGCCUUGAUUCUGAACCCCAGCUCCCAAUAAAUAUUUCAGAAUC